AUGGAUGUUCACUAUGAAGGUAUUUUCGUAUAUGUACUUGAUGCCGAGAGCGGUCACAUAACACUUCAAUGUGAUGAAAUACUGAUAGAAUCUCAAGUUGAAUGGUACAAAGACGGUUGUCGCUUGAAUUCUACAUUUCGGAACAAUCUAGGAUCGACUGAGGAUGAACCUCAUAUAGCGAUUGAUUCACGUAAUUCACUUUACAUAUUGCAUGCCUCUAAAAGAGAAGAAGGUACCUACGUGUGUUUUAUAGAUGGUGAAAGAAAGCAAAGCUAUAAAAUUAAGGUCGUGUCGAUGUCACGGCUUCUUAAUCAAGAAUUUUUCCGGUACUCUAUGUAUUUGGCUUUUGUCCUGUCUCUGACACUUGUCUGCUACUGCACUGGUAUUGUCGUCGCUUGGCAUCGAAGGACGUCAUUUCUAGACCCAAUAUUCAUGAAUCUCAUAUUAUGUAAUUUGAUCCAACAGAUACAGCAACAAUAGCAACUGUUUAUUGCUUGUUGUUGAAUGUAUUAUUUCAUAUAUUUAACAGUUAUAAGGAUGAUUUAAAACAAACAUUGUUAAGUGUUUUGCAGCUCAAAUAAGAAUUGUGAUAUUUUAUACAAUUGUACUUAAUUACUAUAAAGCUUUUAAGAUGUUGAUGCAAGUUACAAAUUGAAUUUUAAUGAAUCAUCUUUAUAAUACAGUUUUUAAUUAAAUUGUCAUUAUAUUUUUGAUAAGAAGAGAAGAUAAGAUGUCUCGAAUUUAUAUUUAAGAAGUGAAAUUAUAAACAUUCCAAUUUUCAUUCCUCACUACUCCGUCCUUAAGAUGUGAUGAAAAAAUUGUAAAUUAAAAAUUUUAUGUAUAUAAAUAACUUUUUAUGAAAUUUUUCUUGGUAAGUUUUAGAUUAAUAAGUUUUUUAUCUGUUACCACUGCCCUAUAUACUUACGUUUAACUAGAUGUAUAAAAUAUAAAAGAUUUAAGUGUA